UGACCCUAUGCAAAUGCCAAAUGUAUCAAUCAUCUAUAGUUUUUGUACAAACUAAAAAUCUCCUUGUAGUAGGGCUAUUCCUGUCAUUUUUCUAAUUUCUAAGAUUAUCAUAUGUCCAAUGAUUUUAUGUUGAUAUAAUCUAAAGAAAAAAAAAGGCUUUUUUUCCUGUUUAUUCUCUUAAAAGAAUAAAAUAAGAAAACCGUUCACAGAUCACAUCUUCGGAAUUUUAGUGGUUUCUAAAAUCCUGUUGGAUAACAUUUUUAGGCAAAACAACAUUAGAAAGACAUUUCUCCAUUUUCAAAGAAUCUAUAAUUUCUGUGUAUAUAACAGUUGUACAGACAGCUCUCACUUUUGGCACCAUUAUCUUAUCUAUAUGAAUGGGGUUGAAUUGAUUUUUUGUGUUUGAAUUGUACUACAGUUAGGGUUUAUAUGUGGAUCUGUUUCUUAUUUUGAAUUUUUGUGUUUUGUUACUGAGUUCGAUUGAUUUUUGUAGUGGUGUAACAAGGUGUUGAGUGAUGGUGGCGUCUGGCACUGGAGACCCUGUUGAGUCGUUUCGGAAUUCAGUACAAUUGGUUAAGAAUGCGUUUUCGCCUAUAGAGUCAGGUAUUAAGAAAGUGGCAAAGGAUUUUGAGCAUUGUUGGCCUGGUAAAGCUGAGAGUUGUACUAGUAGUGGGUAUGGAUUAGAUGUCAAGAAAAUUAGUGCAAGUAAGCAAGGGGUGGUUAGUGAUGAGAAAAAGAAAGGCUUGUUGAUAAAGUUACCGAUUAAGAUGUUUGUUGGAAUGUUUGGGAAUAAUGGGCAGGUUGAUAAAGGGGGUAAUGUGGUCAGGAAAGGGUUGAAGGAGAAGUAUGGUGGUGGCAAAGGGGAUGGGAGCUGUGUCAACUGUCUGCAGUUUGAUGUUGCUUGGUCAUUGUUGAUGAAUGGUUUUGUUCAGGCUGUUCCUAUCCCAUUUAAGACUGUGAAAAAGCGGUUUCAGAAGGUGAAUCAGGAUACUGUUCGGGAUGACCUGAAAGGUAAUCUGAGGGUAAAUGAUGUGAAGGAAAAGAAGUCAAGUGAUCAGGUUGUUAUGGAUAACUGUGACCGAGUGAAGCACAAAGAGGAAAAUAAUUUAUCUUUUGAGUGCUUUCUAGGUUUUCUUUUUGAUCAAGUAGCUUUGAAUCUUCAAAAAUUUGACUUAGGAGUCCCACAACAGGAAUGCCACAGUACCGAGUUCAAUCAAAUUCCUCCGCCUGCCAAUCAGCUUGAUCAUUUUAAGGUACUAGUCAGUAUUUUAGAGGGUAAAAGAGCUGAUGUCAAUGGAUUUCUGGGGAAUCUGAAUUUUGCAAGAGUAGGAGGUGUUCCUUCAAGUAUUGUUGAUGUAGAUUCUUCUGCGAGAGAGGACAGAGAAGAUGGUGUUAAUGAUAUUAGUGGUCAAGAAGAGAGCACUGGAAAUUCCGCAAGAAGUUUAGCUAGUGGUUUGCUUAGUAUUCCAUUAUCCAAUGUUGAGCGUUUGAGAUCAACAUUGUCCACAGUUUCAAUAACAGAAUUAAUUGAGCUCUUGCCUCAGUUAGGACGACCUAGUAAAGACCAUCCUGACAAGAAAAAACUGAUCUCCGUCCAGGACUUCUUCAGAUACACAGAAGCUGAAGGGAAGAGAUUCUUUGAGGAAUUGGAUAGAGAUGGUGAUGGUCAAGUCACGUUGGAAGAUCUUGAAAUUGCUAUGAGAAAGAGAAAGUUGCCAAAGAGAUAUGCCCAUGAACUCAUGCGUCGUGCUAGAAGUCACUUGUUCUCAAAAUCUUUUGGGUGGAAACAAUUUCUUUCGUUGAUGGAACAGAAGGAGCCUACCAUCCUGCGGGCUUAUACCAGUCUUUGUUUGAGCAAGUCAGGCACAUUGCAGAAGAGUGAGAUACUUGCCUCACUAAACAAUGCAGGACUACCAGCAAAUGAAGACAAUGCUAUUGCCAUGAUGCGAUUUCUAAGUGCGGAUGCAGAGGAGUCUAUUUCCUAUGGACAUUUCCGGAACUUUAUGCUGCUGCUUCCAUCAGAUCGGCUUCAAGAAGAUCCUCGAAAUAUCUGGUUUGAGGCUGCCACAGUGGUUGCUGUUCCUCCACCUGUAGAAAUUCCUGCUGGAAAUGUCCUGAAAUCAGCAUUAGCAGGAGGACUUUCCUGUGCAUUGUCUACAGCGUUAAUGCACCCCGUGGAUACAGUUAAGACACAAGUCCAAGCAUCAACACUAACCUUUCCACAAAUAAUAUCAAAGCUUCCUGAACUUGGAGCAAGAGGAUUGUACAGAGGUUCGAUUCCUGCUAUUCUAGGGCAGUUUUCAAGCCAUGGACUGCGGACUGGAAUUUUUGAAGCAAGCAAGGUUGUGCUGAUUAAUAUUGCUCCUACACUUCCAGAGCUACAGGUUCAAUCUGUGGCAUCAUUCUGCAGCACUUUCUUAGGUACUGCUGUGAGAAUACCCUGUGAGGUGCUCAAGCAAAGAUUGCAAGCUGGUCUUUUUGACAAUGUUGGGGCAGCAAUCAUUGGUACCUGGCAGCAAGAUGGUCUUAAGGGUUUUUUCCGUGGAACUGGUGCCACUCUCUGCCGUGAGAUUCCAUUUUAUGUCGUAGGCAUGGGCCUAUAUGCAGAGUCCAAAAAGAAAAACAUGUUGAUAAUCAAGAAAAGCAAAUGUAGUGAUAUGGUAAAUAUUUGCUGUGCAGCAGCUUCUGGGGAGAGAAUUGGAGCCUUGGGAAACAGUUGCCGUUGGAGCUUUAUCUGGCGGGUUGACAGCUGUUUCAACGACUCCAUUUGAUGUGAUAAAGACCAGAAUGAUGACUGCUCCACAGGGAAUGGCUGUGACGUCAACGAUGGUUGCAUUAUCAAUUCUCCGUCAUGAAGGACCCCUUGGAUUGUUUAAAGGGGCCAUUCCUAGAUUUUUCUGGAUUGCACCUCUGGGUGCGAUGAAUUUUGCUGGAUAUGAGCUAGCAAGGAAAGCCAUGGACAAGUAGGCUACCGAGCAGCUUGCUCAGAAAAGUGGCUAGCAGAGCAAAAUGUACGUCGACUGAGAUUUUGCUUACUGAUCGUACAUGCCAAAGCUGCUUGGAAAUUUUGAACCUUUUCCAACCCACAGCAUCAGAUUUAAAUUUGUCGAAAUCCCUGCUUUUUUCUUAUUAGAGGCAAAAAACCUUUUAGAUUUGGUCUCUGAACAAUUGUAAAUUUCCAUUAGCAUCAUGUUCAUCCUUUGCUUUGUAACAUCAUUUGUGCAGUUUCUAACCUUGAUACCUGAAACUAAGAUCUAAUUAGGUAUCAAGAGUACAAAAGAACAGAGACACAAUACUGAAAAAACAUUUUUGAAAUUCCUGUUAGCAGAGUACCCAAAGUUUUCAAUUAGCUGGUGAAUAUCGAGAGUAUGCCUUGUAAA